AUGAGUGCAAUAAAGGAGUUUUUCAAAGCCGAGUUCCAGCUUCGUAUGGUUGGCUUGGAGCAUCAGAAACCCUCGGACUUUUAUUUGAGUGCUUGGCAAAGUACAAGAUCAGCUUUGCCGCUUUUAAUAUGGCGGGCUUUACUAUUUUUAGCCGCUUUAGGCAUAAUUCUAACAUCAGUGAUAAUGUAUAUACUUAGUCCGAUACCUCUGGGGUAUUGGUUUAUUUAUUUGACGCAUUGGGGUCUUAUAUUAAUAUUGUGUUCCACUGGAUUUGGUAUGGGAGUUUCUGCGCGUUGUUAUUUUAAAGGACCAAUCAGCCCUGAUUUUGCACUGCCAUGGUACGUGAAGACCUACUGGGUUCUAUACAACAUAUCUGUUCCCCUGGCUUUCCUUAUCACUGUGUUCUAUUGGACGCUGCUGUAUGAAGCCGGCAUACAGGAGGAAGUGGGUCAAGGUCUGGAUAUCGCGAUACACGGGCUCAACUCCUUGGUGAUGUUCCUUCUUCUUGUCAGCUCUUCGCACAGUACACGAGUCGUUCACGUCGUGCAUCCGAUUAUCUUCUCGUGCAUUUACGUUGUUUUUAACGUAUUUUUUUACGUAGCCGGUGGAACUGAUCCACUUGGAAACCCAUACGUGUACCCAGUGGUAGAUUGGACCAACCCUGGAGGGGCGAUACUAACAAUCUUUAUCACGUUGCUGCUGCUUAUAUGUCUGCAUCUUGUCACGUUAGGGCUGUCAGUUGCUCGUGACUCACUUGCGAAUCGUAUUCUACGCCCAUCAGUCACCGUGCACGUGAAUGAGGAUAUAGCUUUGAGGACUAGGGGAGAAGCGACAGUAUCAGAACCUUAA